ACUCUCUCUCUCUCUCUCUCUCACUCUCUUUCUCUCUUCUGGUGAGCGCUGCGUUUCAGUUGGGGGGUUUGGUGCUAACUUGCGCCGCUCUGUGGGGCCGCAAUCUCAGAGGGUUAAAGUGCGCCGGGGGCUGUGUUGUAUGGUUGUUCCUCAGAUGUCGCCGCCGUCCUCGAGACUCACAACGCCUGUCAUCACCAUUUCUCGCUACAGGUGGUGUGGUUUGCUUAGAGACUAAGAGAGUUUUGAUCGGACGGUUACGAGUAGUGAGAAAGAAACGAAAAAUGGACGGUCAUAAAAGCCAGGCGAAGCUUACGAGGACCCAGUCGUCGCUUCUACGCUCCUCCCCCACUAUCCGAUCCUCCAUUCACAGCCUCCACAGCAUGUCCUCCGUCACCGAGGAUGACGUCAUCACCCCCCGCCACCACGGCAACCACCACAACGGGUACGGCGACGAGGAGGAGCAGAAGCCCAAGACCAGUACCAGCAAGCUGCUCCCUAUCCGGGCCGGGUCGACUCCUCGGGCCGGGUCGACCCGGUUCGCGAGCUCCGGGCAGUUCGUGGCCGUGGCCUCGGUCGUUCUCUUCACCUUCUUCGGGUUCUGCUUCUUCCUCUUCUUCUUCUUCCUCCGCCGCGACGAGAUUCCGACGUCGGAGAACCUCCUGCUGGCGCUGGUGUUCGUGGCGGUCACGCUUUUCUUGGCGAACAAGAACAAGUCGCUGAUCCACCACAGCGUCUCGGUCAUGAAGCACUCGUGGGACGAGAAGUCCAAGCGGUUCCGAUUCUGCCGGGCCCACCACAACACCAAGCCCGUGCAGUGGUUCAUCGGGUCGGACCACCACCCGAACCCGAAGACGACCCGGAAGGAGCACCAGCACCGCAUCAUCCGGGAAGGCGUGGAGUUCUACAGCAAUGGCGAUUUCUACGAGGGCGAGUUCCACAAAGGGAAAAGCAACGGCAGCGGCGUUUACAAUUACUUCGUCAACGGCAGAUACGAAGGCGAUUGGAUCGAUGCCAAGUAUGAUGGGUAUGGAAUUGAGAGCUGGGCUAGAGGGAGCAGAUACAAGGGUCAGUAUAGGCAAGGAUCGAGGCACGGUUAUGGGGUUUAUAGAUUUUACACAGGGGAUUCGUAUUCCGGGGAGUGGUGUAAUGGGCAGAGCCACGGCGUUGGAGUUCAGACUUGCUCUGAUGGGAGCUGUUAUGCUGGGGAGUUCAAGUACGGGGCUAAGCAUGGACUUGGGUGCUACCAUUUUAGAAAUGGAGAUAGAUAUGCAGGGGAGUACUUCGGAGACAAAAUCCAUGGAUUUGGUAUCUAUCAUUUUGCUAAUGGCCAUUGUUACGAGGGGUCAUGGCAUGAGGGCCGAAAGCAAGGCUAUGGCGUUUAUACGUUCCGGAGUGGGGAUACAAGAUGUGGCGUAUGGGAUGGUGGCACCCUCAAGCGCCCUCUCCUGCCACUAAACGAUGCAGUUGUCCGAGCUGUUCAGGCUGCUAGGAGAGCAGCACAGAAUGCUGCUAACCUCCGGCGGGUGGAUGAACAGGUUAACAAGGCGGUCAUGGCUUCAAAUAGAGCUGCCACUGCCGCCAGAGUUGCUGCUGUCAAAGCGGUUCAAAACCGAAUGGAUGGCAAGUUUUGUGAUACAAAUGUCUAAAAGACUAGUACUUUUCUUUUUGGUAGUGUAAAUUUUACUAAUUUUAAGUGCUUUGGAAAUGUCAACCCGGCGAGCACAAGCUCAUCGGAGGUUGAGACUCGAGAGAGAGAGAGAGAGAGAGAGAGAGAGAGAGAGAGAGAGAGAGAGA